GUCUCCCACCUUCUCCGACAUUUUACACUCCUUCCUUAAUUUCAGAAUCCAGAAUUCGAGAUGAUCUGUUCCUGAUUUCCUUCUGCAUUUUGUCUCCUAAUUUCACUUAAACCUAUCUCUCUCUAUCUCUACCCACCUUCAAUCUCCUUAGCAAUGCCGACGAUCGCCGAUCGCGUCACUUCAACCUUUUCCGACGUAGCACCGACGAAGAGGCGGCUCAAGUCGAAUUCAACGGCAGAGGAUGAAAUUCCGGCGAAUCCUCCGGCGAAGUGGAAAUCUCCUCGUUGCUGCAUCCACAGUAGUCCUAAAUUUCCUUCAAAUGGAAUCGAGAAGGAGUUUAGCGAUAAGCUAGCUACUACCAGCAGAUUUCCGCUGAAGCAAUCGUCAAAUAAUUUAUUCGCUAAACCUAAAUGGAAUCCAACAGAUUCUGAGCAAAUGAGAGUUGUGAAAGAGGCAUUGCACGUUUCGACGAUGCCAUCAAGCGUGGUUUGUAGGGAAGAUGAGUCAAAGAAGGUUCUAGAGUUUUGCAAGACCAGUGUGGAGAGACGGAAACCAGGGAGUUUAUAUUUGUGUGGAUGCCCUGGGACUGGAAAGACUAUGAUUAUGGAAAAGGUUAAGCAGUCUUUGCUUAACUGGUCCAAUGAGGUGGAGGUUGAGCAACCAGAUGUAUUAUUUAUGAAUUGCACUUCUCUAUCAAAGUCCUCAGAGAUUUUUACCAAGAUCCUUCAAAAUAUUCAACCAAAGAAGAAGAUUAAUGGCUCAACUACUGCUCUAAAGCACAUACAAAACCUCUUUGCACAAGAUGGGGAGCUGGGCAACAAAAUGAUGUUGUUAAUUAUUGAUGAACUGGACUAUCUCAUUACCAAAGACCAUGAAGUGCUUCACGAACUAUUUAUGCUUACUACACUGCCAUUUUCUAGAUUUAUAUUAAUAGGCAUUGCCAAUGCAAUAGAUCUAGCAGAUCGAUUUCUUCCUCGUCUGCAGUCAUUGAAUUGUAAACCUUCAGUUUUGACAUUCCGUGCUUACUCGAAGGACCAAAUACAAAAGAUUCUUAAGGAGAGGCUUGUGGCGCUUCCUUACACGGCCUUUCAGCCACAAGCUUUGGAACUUUGUGCAAGAAAAGUUGCAGCUGCAUCUGGAGACAUGAGGAAAGCUCUUAGUGUCUGCAGGAGUGCAAUCGACACUCUAGAAUCAGAGAUGAAGGAAAACGCAAGUACUAUAGAUAAAAUGUCUAUUGAGAAUGAAUCCUCAGACCAAGAAAAUGUUCCAGCUACUCCUGUUUCUCGCGAAAUGGACAUAGUACAAAUCCAUCAUAUGGCAGUUGCUUUAUCAAAGACCUAUAGAUCCCCUGUAGUGGAGACUAUACAAUCUCUUCCUCAACAUCAGCAGAUCAUUCUCUGCUCGGCAGUCAAGCUUUUCCGAGAGGGGAAAAAGGAAUCUACUGUCGGAGAGCUGAAUAAAUCGUACGAUACCAUAUGCAAAUCUGCUAAACUUCGGUCUGUAGGGAUCCUGGAGCUGUCAAGUUUGUGCAAAGCAUUAAACGACCUGGGACUGCUGAAGCUUGUUCGGUCUCAGAAAAGCGAAAAACUACCUUGAAAGUCGAUGCAUCAGAUAUUACAUUCGCACUGCAGGGAGUUCGUUUAUUCCGCAACCUUCUUCAAUAAUCAAGUCCAUUUCUAUCAAUGUCGUAAAUAACUGGAGAAUCCAACACAGUUGAGGGUCUCCAAAUUUGAAGAUGCACAGAAACAAAUUUCACUGAAGACUUGACUGUAAAACUAAUUGGAUUAUUUCCAUGAAUACAGUGUGCUUCAGUAUGGUUUUAGAAGCCUAAGGAUCACAAUGUAGAAAACACUUUUAGUGAACCCAGGAUCAGUUGGUCUCCACAAAACGUUGUGGUGAGAUCAGUAAAUGCUGUUAAUGGCAGUAAGUGACAAGAAAAUACAAGUAUCUCAUUUAUCUGCUUCUGAAUAGAUUCAAACAAAGAAAUAAGUGACAAUUAGUUAUGCACUGUGAGUCUGCAGUGCACAGGAACACAGUACUUUUCUGAUGUCCAUGAUCUCACCUCCAUGCCAAAGGUACAGUUGUAGUAACUUCUGCAAUGUUGUAACAGAUUCACCAGUUUUGCUAACCACGUAAUCGUUGUCUUCUGACUCUUCUUCUUCUUUCUUCUCUUCCUCCUUUGCAGCGCCAGCUGAAGCAUUACUUCCUGUAGCUGAAACAGCAGGAGCCAGAGCAUCAGCAAACUUGCUUGGGUCCUCGAAAGACUUGGAGAAUCUUGUUGAUGUUCUCAGUUCUUGAAUGUCCUCCAACACAAGCCGAAAGCUAUUGAGGUGAUCACAUACAUAGGAUGCCAGCGAGUAAUUAUACCCCAAGUGUCGUGGCUAACAAACAAGUAAUUGAUGUAAAGAUAAAUCUUCUAGUGCACAACGCAAAAUCGGUCAGGUUUGAGACAGAAUAUUGCAUAUAUGUAUAUUAUUAUCUAUGUAAAUAAAUUUCAAAUGCUGAUAUAUAUUAGCUGUUUAUAACAAAAACCAAAAAAUACAUUCAUAUCCAAAA